CUAUAUUAGUCUAUAGUCUAUGAUAUUUUACAAACAUGGCGAACAGUCUGUGGAAUAGGUUAUCUCAAGCAUUUAGAACAUUUGAUCAAGCAAUUGAUAUUAUUUUUGGUCGCGGCUUUCCGCCAGGCACUCUAUAUGCAAUUGAUUGUAAUCAUGCUGUAAGGCAAUCGCAGCCUACUAAUUUCCCUGGACAAUCUUUAAAGGAUAUAUUAAAUGAUGCAUUUUUAUGGGCUGUUCCAAAGCACCGACGGACUAUAGAGAAAAGAUUAAAUAGAAGAUUUGGUGUCCCUAAAUAUCAUUGGAAGCCGCAUGUUCCUAAAACUAUUUUAACGUGUUACAAAUGUGGUCAUCCUCACGAAAUUGGAUUACUUUGCGGAUACUGCUAUGAGAUAGUAAAAAAAGAAACAACAGAAAUGCAAGAGGCAAUACAAAAGGAAUUGGGAUUAAGUCCAGUAGAAAAAGAUGUUAUAGUGUUAUAUGAAGGGGAAAAAGAACAGUUAUCAGAAGAAUUUUGGAAGAAUCAAAGGAUUGUUGAAUUACCCAAAAAGAGGCCUGAGUGGUUCAACCAAAAUUUGUUACAACCAAUGUCACAGGAACAGUUAGAAGCAGAUGAAAAAUCCGAAAAUGAGUUUUUAGAAAACAUAAAAAACAAUUAAAAUAUUAUAAGGUACUUUGUUUAUAUCUAGUAAAUUUAAGGAAAUAAAUUGACCAAAAGAAUA